GGCCGGUUGGGGAGGCGCCACAUCCGGCCGCUGACUCGUGUGUAUAAAGCCGCGGCCGCUGCAUUUGGCUUUCAACAGUAGCUCUGGGCCCUUCUCGGCUGCAGGGGCAGCUGCUCCAAUGCCCCACAGCGGCCAUGAGCGUCCCGCAUUGGUGGGACCAGCUGCGGGCUGGCAGCUCGGAGGUGGACUGGUGCGAGGACAACUACACCAUCGUGCCUGCCAUCGCCGAGUUCUACAACACGAUCAGCAAUGUCUUAUUUUUCGUCUUACCGCCCAUCUGCAUGUGCUUGUUUCGUCAGUAUGCAACAUGCUUCAACAGUGGCAUCUACCUAAUAUGGACUCUCUUAGUGGUAGUGGGAAUUGGAUCUGUCUACUUCCAUGCAACCCUAAGUUUCUUGGGUCAGAUGCUUGAUGAACUUGCAAUCCUUUGGGUUCUGAUGUGUGCUCUGGCCAUGUGGUUCCCCAGAAGGUAUCUACCAAAGAUCUUUCGGAAUGACAGGGGCAGGUUCAAGGCGGUGGUCUGUGUCCUGUCUGCGGUCACAACGUGCCUGGCGUUUGUCAAGCCCGCCAUCAACAACAUCUCUCUGAUGACCCUGGGGGUUCCUUGCACUGUGCUCCUGGUUGCAGAGCUAAGGAGGUGCGACAACGUGCGUGUAUUUAAGCUGGGCCUCUUCUCCGGCCUCUGGUGGACCCUUGCGCUCUUCUGCUGGAUCAGUGACCGAGCCUUCUGUGAGCUGUUGUCCUCCUUCCACUUCCCCUACCUGCACUGCGUGUGGCACAUCCUCAUCUGCCUCGCUGCCUACCUGGGCUGUGUAUGCUUUGCCUACUUUGAUGCAGCCUCCGAGAUCCCUGAGCAGGGCCCCGUCAUCAAGUUCUGGCCCAGCGAGAAGUGGGCCUUCAUCGGCGUGCCUUACGUGUCCCUCCUGUGUGCCAGCAAGAAAUCACCAGUCAAGAUCACGUGAUGGCAUGGCCGUGGUGGCUUGGCUUCUCUGCUUAUUUUCCCUGAUGCACGGGCUCCCUUUGCCAGCAAAGACAGCCGGGGCCUUGCAGAGUCCGGGGGAGGGCCUGUCUUUUAAAAGUUCUGUUCCCGUGGGCUCAACUAACGUGUCUGUGGCCCGCCAGGACUCUACCACGCAGUAGAGGAAGGUCUUCCCCUUUCCCAAAGAUGGAAAGUGGAGGGCUGAGGGGCACCAGGUGGAACUUCUCAGCCUCUUCCAGAUGCGGUAGUUUGUUGGGCUGUAUCCUUUCUGGCAAUGGCAGAGCAGUCCCUCGGGGAGCCCAUUUCCCAGUGGGAGAUGGGUCCAGACUCGACCAUUCCCAUGUGCUCUCCGUGUCAACUCUCCUGCUGACCGACAGGCCCUGCGACAGACUCAGACCUCUGUGUGAUGGAAGAUCCCAGGGAUUUUCAUUUGAGGAAACUGUCCUAAAACAAGACCAAGCCAAUGAAAUCCACACAGGGCUAAUGGCUAAGGAGGCAUCCAUGUAGAGCUCUCCAUAACCAGGUUUUACAUGCACUUGUGAAUCUUUUCUCUACUACCUCUGCUGAGAGAUGGGGAUUUGACUUCAGAGGAGGGUGAAGCAGACGAGAAAAACCCUCUGUGCCAAAAGCUACACUCUGCUUUAAGCCAUUCUUGAAGAUGAGCGCAAUUUUUAGAUGUGGACGUUGUUGGUCCCCUCCCCAAACCAACGGUCACACACACACACACACACACACAGGAUAGUUGUGGUGUGAGCAGUCUGCACACAGACCCCCCGCUCCUUAGUGCCGAGCUCCAUAAGGUCAGGCCUCAUGACAAUCACGGUGGGAGUCCUGCCUGGUUCAACGUCUGGAGCAGACAUGAAGUUCUGGAAACUUGUGCUGAUUGGAAGCCUUCUGGAUGCUCUUCCAUUUGGAAGUUAUCCCCCAAAAUGUCACCUCUUCUUUCUGCAAGAUUUCCUGCGGGAAUCAUACUCCAUAUUCUCCCAGUACAAGGUGCUUCCUGUGGUUUCUCCAAGGAUUUGAUAGCUGCUUUUCUCUAGAACUGUGGCUCUUUGGGUCGUUGGUGCAGCAGGCAAUGCUGUUGGCCUUCUCAGUUUUUCCUCACCUGAAGGGACACUAGCCAAAACUAACCUCUUCAUUGGGCCGAAUGAAGACUCUAAAACGGUCAUCAAGGUGUGAGGGGGAAUGCAUGACCUCAGGGAUACUCACUUUAACUCACAUCUCCCGCUUUGCAACAUUCCAUCAUGAAAGAGGGCAGGACAGACAUGUCCUUGUGUGGAUGGGAGUCCUGUCGCUAAGGAUCUAAUAAGAAUUGGGCAGGACCAGCAUGUGGCAGGUCUAGGAACUUUGGCUCCAGUUAGAAUUUGCACAGGAUCGAAGGUGAAAAGUCCAAUAAGGAACUGAAUUGAGAGUUAAAAAAUGAAGGACUUUAUUCUGCUUCUGUGGUUUUCAAGUUAUUUUUAGCAGAACCCUAUCUGCAGUAAGAAAUCAUCAAGGAACCCAAAUGUGUGAUAGAUGGUGCAUUCUAGUAGCUUAAAUUUAAGGCUAAACUUCUACAUUUCCCUUAAUAUCAUGCAGCGAAAAAUGCAAGUUAAAUUGGUGGUUUCCAUGGUAAAAAAUUUGGGAUUGAAUGAGUGUACCCUGUUUAUUAUAGCUUAAAAAUAUACUUUAAAAAUGGUAUUUAAGUAUUUGUGGGGCUUCUAGUGCACUUCUGAGACCUAGGUGGUUCAUGAACUACCUAGAAUUUUGUUUUGUUUUUUAAAUUUUUAAUGUUCAUUUUUGAGAGAAAGAGACAGAGCACAAAUGGGGGAGGGGCAGAGAGAGAGGGAGACACAGAAUCCGAAGGAAAAUCUGAGCUGUCAGCACAGAGCCCAACGUGGGGCUUGAACCCACAAACUGUGAGAUCAUGACCUGAACUGGAGUCAGAUGCUUAACCAACUGAGCCACCCAGGCGCCCUGGAACCACCUAGAGUUUUAAAACUGCUGUUCAGUCUUUUGGGUUUAAAGUCUAGAAUUUUUUCAAAGGGAAUUAGACUGUCCUCACUUCAGAUGGACUUCCCAGGUUUGGAUUCUGGUGUCAUUCAUUCUGGAGUAUAAAAAUGCUCCAAAGUAGGGGGAAGCUUUGAUUUACUUUAAGUCCAGCUGUCUUAUUGUGGAAGCAUAUAUGAGGAGAAGGGGCCGUGGGAAGUGUUUGUGCUCUAUGGGAGGUUUAAUUUCCAUCUCAAGGGCUCCUCAGUGAUGAGAGCAUUGUUCCAGCAGUUAAGGAGGGUGUGGGUCUCUCCAUCAGGUAAAGGGGUAGGUCCCUGGGGAACACCACCUUCUAACUCCCAGCUCUUUGACCUUAACUCUUCUGGAAAUUUCUUAGUGUCCAUUGGAAAUAGAGAUAAGCUGGGACUGCUGGAAAUGAGGAAAUAAGUGCCCUGACAGGGCUGUUUCCAUCUACCUUCUACAAGAAAAAUGGCUUAGUUAAGAUGUCAGAAGGAAUGCUUUUGUUGUAAAAAACAAAAAACAAAAACAAAAACCAAAAAACAAACCAGAAGGACCUUCUAGAGAUUGUUUGUUUUUUUUUUUUAACGUUUAUUUAUUUUUGAGACAGAGACAGAGCAUGAAUGGGGGAGGCUCAGAGAGAGGGAGAGAGGGCUUGAACUCACGGACCGUGAGAUCAUGACCUGAGCCGAAGUCGGCCGCUCAACCGACUGAGCCACCCAGGCGCCCCCUAGAGAUUGGUUUUGAUGAGCUAAGGGCUGAUAACAGGUAUGGAAUGGGGUAUAUUGUAGGAGGACAAAAACAUAGCUUCUACUUUUGAACAAAAAUCGCUAUGGCUUGUUAGUGUGAAGAUGGUAAAUGAAGAAAGUAGGAGUUUAAAGAUUUUAUUUGAAGUUAGGUUUAUGGCAUCAUUCAUGUUUAUAUUUACGAUGCUUUUAUAGCACUCCAGGCUCUUGAAGAGAAUUAGAAAGCUGCAGGAACGUUGAAGAGAAAAAAGUAGUCUGCAUUUCUAUUGUCCAAGGACAAUCAUUGUUAAUACUUUGGCAUUUUGGUGUAUUUCCUCAUCUUUUUUUCUUUCCCAAUAGAGUUGUAAAUAGAGGUCUUUUAGCAUGCACAGUUCAUCUGGUAGCUCGAAUGGAAUAUAAAUGUCAGUUGUGUAUUUUCUGCGAAGAGCAGCUUUUGGAAUACACUUGAGUUAGCUCUACACUUGAGAGCUCAUCACUGGAUUCUUACUUACUGCUGAGUCUUUUUACAUUGAGCCGGACAUGAAUAGGUCCUGAGAAAUAAUGAACCGAAGUCUACUUUUUGUUAGGCCUCUGCACUUGGGUUGACCAACUACAGAAAAUAGCUAUUUAACAGAUGGCUCUGCAGGUUGUGAGGUUUUCAGAUUUUCAAAAAGUGAAUAGCUUAUUAUGUGCAAUCAAGAAUCUUUGUUUGUUUUUUUCCCCCUGAUAACGCAGGGAAGUGGAAAGUUGACAUUCGGGAAUUAGGUCAUGGCUGUUACUUACCGUGGCAGUCAGAUCCUUGUUCUGCUUAGAUAGAAUUUGCCUGAUGGAACUGGAUCUAGGAUAUUAAACAUUAGUAUCCCAGUUAUCAAGUAAUCACUUAAGUCAGCGAUUCUUAUUUUAUUAGUGUUUGGUUGAAUGCAGACUUUUGAGAAAGCUUUUCUCCUUUUGAUGAUUAGGAUUACACUAUUAGCAUGUCAGUGACUAUAGUUAAGGUGUGUGGGAGAAGAGAUACCUGAAUCUGUUUGGUAACAGGCUACUUUUGGGGGGAAAUCUGCCUGUCCCUCUGAUUAGUGCCUACUACAUUCAUUAUGGAUCAGAGAUGUUCUGUUGGGGGACCUAAGCUCAAUGGUCAUCAAGCACAGACUUUCUAAAAAUACCGUAAUUUGUCCUGUUUAUUGGCUUUCUCAGGUGUGUAAAAACUACUCACCAGUUCCUCACGCUUCCGUGAGCCAGGGCCAUGUUGGGGGCUCUGAGAGUGGGGUAGAGUCUUCCUUGGCUCUUUAUCCCAUGGGGCUGGCAUGAGACCAUCUCUGAGGGACAGGUGAGGGCUGAAGCUUGCCCAACCGGAGCCCCUCUCAUAGCUCCUUUCCCCUAGAUGAGCUUGGAACCUUUCAUUGCCAGCUCUUGGCCUGGGUGCUCCCAUUCCAGCUGGCCAAAGAGAAUGCUCAGGCCAGGUUGGGAUGCUUAAUGGAUUUUACAUACUCCUACAGGCCAAAAAAAAAAAAAAAAAAAAAAAAAAAAGCCUCUAAAGGACUGAUUGUUUGAAUUGUUUCUUUCUGUGUAUGUUAAACCAGGUUUAAGACUAUUUUAUAAUCACAGUAUGUAAUCAGAGCAUAUAUAGUAUUUUUAGACCUAUUCCUUGUUUUAUACUUUAGAUAGGUUGUGCCAUCUUAGGGUGGUGUGCCCAGUGGCUGUGGGAGCAGUUAAUGUCCAUUGUUUGGGAGCGUUUUUAAGGCCUUUUGAAAUGGAGCUUUUGCACUUUAUACUAUUUUUGGGAACUAUGAGUUAUAUUUCAAUAUUAAAGCCAUAAGUGGCAUUUUCUGUGAAUGAAAA